CCUCCCGAUAAGCGAUAAGCAGUCCCCCAAAAAAUAAAUACCAAACCCACCACCAAAAAAAACCCCACUAGCAACCCCGCGAAACCUCCCGCGAGCAUCUUUCCAACCUACUUUCUCCUCCCCCUACCUCUAUAAACAAAACAGACAACCCCUCAGACAUACGCAAUGGCGCCCACCCUCUCCGAAGACGAAACCGAUGACCUGAUCUACUUUGCGCGCGCGGGCGAGCUGGCGGAUUUCCGCGAGUCGAUCGAGGCGCUCUGCAAGCGUGAGGGGUGUGAGGUUGAGGAGGUUCUGGCGGUGGCUGUGGAUGGGGAGUCGGGGAAUGGGGUGUUGCAUAUGGCGGCUGCGAAUGGGCAUAGUGAAAUUCUCAAACACCUCCUCACAACCCUCUCCUCCACCACCACCCUCCCCACCCUCCUCAACACCCGCAACUCCGCCGGCAACACCCCCCUCCACUGGGCAGCGCUCAACGGCCACCUCUCCGCCGUCCAGGUCCUCGUCGAGGCAGGCGCGGAUCCGUAUAUACAGAAUGGAGUCGGACAUGACGCCAUCUAUGAGGCGGAGGUGAAUGAUAGGAAGGAGGCGGUGGAUUGGAUGUUGAAGGAGGGGGGGGAGGGGUUGGAGGAGUUGGGGGAGGCGGCGGGGGGGGAGGGGGAUGAGGAGAUGGGUGCGGAGGGUGCGGAGGGCGAGGGCGUGGAGGGGAUGGAGGGGUUGAAGGAGGCGGUUGAGGGGUUGAGUGUUGGGAAGGGGAAGGGGAAGGAGGAGGUAUAG